UUUCUGUACGUCAAAAGUAACAGUAACGAAAGAUUUUACGUAAGCAAACAACGUAAGAAAUUAAAAGAAUUUGGAACCCAUCAAGUUAUUCCAUUAUGAACAGUCUUAAGGCAAUUUCUAACUUAUUUAGUCACAGCAUAACGUCUUUUCAGAAUCAAAACCUUCAACAAAUUCGCACGAAAUGGGUGAACAGAUGGAUGAUUCGGGACGUAAAACGCCGGAAAAUGGCCACAGAGAUGGCCCCUGCUCGUCUACGGGUCAAUUCUUUACGAAGAAAUGACAUUUUACCACAGGAACUUCGAGAGAUCGCUGAUGCCGAAAUAGCCGCUUUUCCGCUAAAUUCGACACCUUUGAGGAUCAACAAACGUUGCGUGGUUACUUCGAGACCCCGCGGAGUCGUGAAUAGGUGGAGAGUUAGUAGAAUUGUUUUCCGACACUUGGCUGAUUACAAUAAGCUCUCAGGUGUGCAAAGAGCGAUGUGGUAGUUGUUUCGGGUUUUUAGUGUCGCAAAUAUAAUACUUUAGAUAAUUUAAAAAAGAGUUUUAUUACUUAAAAUACAAAUUGUACAUUUCCAUAACGAAACUCCAGUUUAAUCAAAGAGUCCCAGACCCAUGUCAUCGUCGGAUUCUUCAGGCUCUUCCUCUUUUUUCUUCUCCUCCUUGGCUGGGGCAGCAGCAGCCGCAGCCGGUGCGGCGGCGGACGCGGCAGCAGCUGGGGCAGCCCCAACACCGGAGCCAAUCUUGGUGAUCAGUUCCUUGAUGUUGACACCCUCGAGCGACUUGGCGAAGAGGCCAGGCCAGUAGGGCUCGA